AUGUCCGACGUGGACCAAACUUACCAAAAUUACCCUGCAGGUCUUUUGACCCAGCCACUGGUAUCAAGCCCGAUGACCAGCUGGAUAUUGCCGGCACGCAUCCGUCACAAAAACCACAAUGAUGUGGUAUUUGUUGGAGAUCGUGGUAUUCAGAUCAGAGAGGCAUUCCAAAGCGGCCAUCUCGAGGACGUUGUGGAAAAAAAUGAUAUUCAGGGCCUGCCUCUCGGUGCCAAGGUCAUCAACGUCAGCACACAGCUGCCCUGGGAAACACAGCUGUCGUCAGAUACCCCAUCUCCCCCGCAGAGCUUUGAAGACCUUCCGCCGCAUAUCCUGUUCAUCGCCACCGACGCAAAUGAACUGCAUUUCAUGUAUUGGUCAUUGCUCAAGGGUCAAUUUGUGUCAUUUUGUCGACGAUUGCCACGUGAUGUGAAUAUAUCCGAGAAGUAUGGCACACAUAUUGCCGUCGACCCCAAGUCGCGUGCGGUUGCAGUCAGUGCAUCGCGCAAUUUUUUCGCCGUGUUUUGGUUAGACGAUACUAUCGAAAUUAAAAGACAGAUGGCGCAUGGGGGGCUUGAUCCCAUCCGAAAGGAGAAAUUCGUGCAAGUUGAAGGGGACAUUCUUUUCAUGGAAUUCCUCUACCCAAAGGCACUCAAUGACAAGCGCAUGCUCCUACUCCUCAUUGUUCACCGGGAAAAUGCGACGAUUGCGUUGGUGUAUGAGUGGGACGAACGCAGCAUGACGCGCAACUCCGAUCCUACAAUGACCAGGACUCUUUUUCCUCCCCAAGAUUACCUGCCCACUAUGAUCGUUCCCCUGGCCAAGGAAUCUUCAUACCUGGUUAUUACCACAAAAUCAAUGGCAAUGUAUACGCCUAACAGCUCAUCCCGCCCAAGGAGAUAUCCACCCAUAAUCCCUGAUAUUGGAGCUCAUGAGAUUGGACUUUGGACUCGCUGGGCAAGGCCUUCCCGCAACUGGUUGUACAGCCGGAAGUACGAUGCAAUAAUUCUUUGCCGAGAAGAUGGUUGGAUCUAUUAUCUCGAGUUUGGUAAUGACGGUGAACUGGAAACCCAAACUUCUCUGGGCCAGCUUCAUUGCCAUGUCGAUACGGCCUUUGAUGUUCUAGACAUGGGAUUUGAGGGUGGUGACUUUAUUCUGGCCGCCGGAAGCCAGGGUGAUGGUGGCCUGUUCGUUCAGGAGGCGCGCGACCGCCCGAGAUGCGUCCAACGCUUUGCCAACUGGGCACCUGUUACUGAUGCAGUUGCGGUGCCCUCCGGUAUCCGAGGCACUACCGGGCUUGACACAACUCAUGAUCGUCUGUUCGUCUGUUCGAGUUCUGCCUCUGGGAAAAGUUCUGCCUCUGGGAAUGGGGCCAUCACAGAGCUUCGCCACGGCAUCGAGGCUCGAGUUGGGGUCUCGAUCUCGCUCGGUGAUAUUUCCUCUGUGCAUGACAUGUGGGCACUGUCCUUUGAAGAUUCGUUACAGACAAUUCUUGUUGUGUCGGAUCCCAUUUCUUCAAUGAUUCUCCACACGUCUGAUCUGGCCGAUGACAUUGAAGUCUUCCCCAAUGAGGACGCCUGGGGCAACGAAGAAACCCUCGCAGUAGGAUGCACGCCUCGAGGUGACAUUGUCCAAAUCACACAGCGCGGAAUUUAUGCUUUCAUGCCCGAGGAAUCCCAUCUAUCUCAUUUCACUGCACAUGCCCCCGAUUCUGUUGUGACCGCGGCUACUGUUGAUGGGUCGAAUGUGGUGAUGGCCAUGGCUAUCAGAACCAGCGAGGGGAAUUUCCUUCAGGUUGUUCGACUAAACCCGGAUCUCGCGACAGCUGAUUGUUUCCACUUCGAUAUGCCCCAGCCACUUGAACAAGAGGCCAUCUCGAUCUUCUAUCAACGCUGGGGCUCUAUGGGGCUCAUCUUUAUGGGAACUAGCGAUGGAACGUUGCUAUCAUUCGAGAUUCAUGACUCCCCCGGUGAAUCCAAACGGCUUGCAGACACGCACAUCGCAGUCGAAACAGACGAAGAUGUCUCCAAGGCCAUAUCCAGCAUCGCGACUAUUCGCGCGAUGUCUAAUACUAAUAAUAUUCACGGGCGCCUUUUCUGCGGUUUACGAAGUGGGAUUCUUGUCUUUUUGGAGAUGAGAUUUCUUCCGAACGGUCUUGAAGGCCUCACACAGAUAUCAUCAAAGCGCCUCGGGCAAACAGCAAUACGCCUCCAAGCCCAAGAGGAUAUUGCGCUCUUCACAUGUGGUACAGAUUUAUGGCGUGUAGCAUUCUCACCAGAUCUCGCAAGCCUUGACUAUACUCUGUCCCGAGUCUUUAUUACCGAUCAGAAUCAACCUGCAUACGCCCCAACAAAUGUUUCAAGCUUUUCAUUUGUGAACAUCAGUGAUCAGAACUCAAGAGCCACCGGUGUUUCCUUGUUUUGUUGGGCAGAUGGCAACCUUCUGGGUUGCUCUCUUGAUGUCGAGGACAAGCCAAUUCCUCGCCGAAUCGAUGUUCCAGGGAAUCCAAACAAGUUGACCUACUCGGAACAUCUUCGAAGUCUUAUUGUCUCUUACAGUGUCGCUCAGCCUGGCCAGGAAUCCCCUCUGAACCUCAUCAGAAAGCCGUAUAUUGAAUUCGUCGACCCAGAUAUCCAAACCCCAGUGGCUCCGAUUGAUGAGCAAAUGGUUGCCGAAGGCCUGGCCCCAUGGAGGCCAAGUGGCAGCCCUGGGGAGAAGGUAACCUGCAUCUUUGAUUGGAUGCCCCAGAAGGAUGGCAAUGCGUACCAUCUUGUUGUGAUUGGGACUUCUGUCCCGACCCCCCACAACCCCGCUGAACGAACCGGCCGCAUCUUGCUUUUACAGGCAUCUAGGGACCCCAGAUCUCCCUCCCAGGUCACCUGUGUGGACAAGCACAUGAAGCUGUGUGCGGCUCCAGUGACCGCAAUGACAGCCUACGCCGAUAGCUUGAUUGCUGCCACGGGGAGAUCAUUUUUGGCACUUGCCUCUAAAAACUCGCAAAUCGAUUGGGUCCGCAACAUAACCGCUCGCCUACCGUCCCCGGCCGUCUCAAUGUCAGUGCAUGGUAAUUUCAUUCAUGUCACUACCGCGAGAGAUUCCUUGUUGGUCUGCAAGGUUGAAGGAGGGGAUAUCUCGAUUGUUGACUCCAAUUGCUUUGCGCUCCCUGGUUUGUCACACUUGCUUGCCCCCGGUCUUGAAAAUUGUCCGACUCAAGUCUUUGUGAGCUCUCGAGGAGGAACAGUCCAGGUAUUUGAGCCUGAUUCUGUUUCAACGGCUUCAGAGAAUCGCCGGACGCUCCGGUUCCCUGUGUCAAUAUUGAGACUUGUCCAGGGUUGCAAGCCCCCGUCUUCCCUAACAAGUAGGAGGACCAUAUAUGGUUUCGCUAUAAAUGGAUCUGUCUACCGGGUCGUGACCCUGACUCCCGAUGAAUUGGCUGUUCUUGAACCCUUGAUCUUCUUAUGCAUGAGCGACAAACGCUUGUGUCCUUCCUUGGCCCGCAGAAACCGCUUUCGCACCGCUUUCGCCGAUUGUCAAAGCAAUGGCCACAUUGAUGGUAGUAUCAUUGCCCGUCUUCUUACUUUAGACUGUGAUACUCUGAAGGACAUGAUUCUCAAUUGCAGCAGUGGAGGAGAUCAUGAUGGGCAAUCUUCGUUGACAGAUAGGUUCGCACAAGCUGCCUUCAAUUUGCUAGGACCUUCCGAUGACUAUCCUCGGGCUGUUUUCUCUUGGCUUUGGAAUGUGCUGCGCGUGGAAUUCUGA